AUGAAUAAAACUAGGAGAAGAACAAAGAAACAUGCAGGAAUUAUGUGUAUUGUGGUUGCGAAACUAUUAUUACCAUCUUAUGUAAUUUUUUAUGGAGAGAAAAUAAUAUUAUCAGAUUUUGAAGAAGAUUUAAGUAAAAAAGAAGAAACAGAAGAGGUUAAUCGGUUUAUAUUUAUUAGUAAUCAUCAGAUUUAUAUUGAUUGGUUUUAUGUUUGGUGGAUUGCAUAUUUAAAAAAAAUAGAUAAUGGGAUUUUUAUUGUUCUUAAGGACAGUUUAAAACGAAUUCCUAUCAUUGGUCUGGGAAUGAAAACAUUUGGUUUUAUUUUUUUAUCUAGAUCUUGGAAGGAGGAUCAUUUAAGAUUUAAUAAUCAUUUCAAAGAUUUAUCAUUAUUAACUGAUCAAUCCAUGUUAUUACUAUUAUAUCCAGAAGGUACAAACAUUUCUUUAUAUACAAAAAAUCAAAGCUUAGCUUAUGUAAAAAAAAAUGAUCUGCCUGUAUUGGAUUAUGUCUUAUUACCAAGAAUCAAAGGACUCUAUUUUUGUUUAAAAAAUCUCCAUAAAACUACAAAAUAUCUUUAUGAUUGCACAAUUGGAUACGAGGGUACUACACAUAAUAUUUAUGCCCAGGAUAUAUAUACUUUAAAGUCAAUACUUUUUGAGGGACAAUUCCCAAAAAAUGUUCAUAUGCACUUAAGAAGAUUUUCUGUAGAUACAAUACCUCUUGAUGAUGAAGAUCAAUUCAAAAAUUGGUUAUAUAAUUUAUGGAUAGAAAAAGAUAAACUUCUCUUUCAAUUUAUUAAUCAUGGUCAUUUUCCUGGCGAUUUUACAUUAAAAAGAAGGAUACAAUUAAACUCUAUAUUAGAAAUAUUAAACCUUUGGGACGUCUAUAUCGCAAUCUUUUUAUUCAUCAUCUUUACUUAUUAUUUUUUAAAACUUCUCUAUUAA